AUGUCCAAACCUUCAGACCACAUCAAGCGACCCAUGAACGCCUUCAUGGUAUGGUCCCGAGGCCAGCGGCGCAAGAUGGCCCAGGAAAACCCCAAGAUGCACAACUCAGAGAUCAGCAAACGCCUAGGCGCCGAAUGGAAGCUUCUGUCCGAGGCAGAGAAGCGGCCGUACAUUGACGAGGCCAAGAGGCUACGCGCCCAGCACAUGAAGGAACACCCUGACUACAAGUACCGGCCGCGGCGCAAGCCCAAGAACCUGCUCAAGAAGGACAGGUAUGUCUUCCCCCUGCCCUACCUGGGCGACACGGACCCGCUCAAGGCGGCCGGCCUGCCCGUGGGGGCCUCCGACGGCCUCCUGAGCGCGCCCGAGAAAGCCCGGGCCUUCUUGCCGCCCGCCUCGGCGCCCUACUCCCUGCUGGACCCCGCGCAGUUUAGCUCGAGCGCCAUCCAGAAGAUGGGUGAAGUGCCCCACACCUUGGCCACCGGCGCGCUGCCCUACGCGUCCACCCUGGGCUACCAGAACGGCGCUUUCGGCAGCCUCAGCUGCCCCAGCCAGCACACGCACACGCACCCGUCCCCCACCAACCCGGGCUACGUGGUGCCCUGUAACUGUACCGCCUGGUCUGCCUCCACCCUGCAGCCCCCCGUCGCCUACAUCCUCUUCCCGGGCAUGACCAAGACUGGCAUAGACCCUUAUUCGUCAGCCCACGCCACGGCCAUGUAA